AUGCUUCGGGGCAGCCGACCGGCAGUGGCCACGGCGGCGGCGCUGCUCCUCUCGCCGGCGGCGGCGCCGGCGCCCCGCCUCCCGCGCCGAUUCCUCUCCCUCACCGCCACCCCCUACCCGCUCUACUACGACCUCCUCGUCCACCGCCCCGUCAAACCCCCCAAAUCCACCCCCUCCGACGCCACCGACGCCGCCGCCCCCCGCCCCCCGCCGCCCGACGCGGAGGGCGCCGACGAGCAUCAGCAGCCCGCUCUCGACCGCGCGCAGCGCAAGUACCUACGGAAGCGCCGCAGCCGGCAGCUCCCGGACCCGGACGCCACCACGGGCACCAAGCCGACGACCACGUCGGAGAUGGUGGAGCUGCGGCCGGAGGUGGUGGACUUCCCUCGCCUCCACGCGCGCGAGGAGGCGCUCUACUUCCACGACGCCUUCGCCAUGCCCUGGGAGAAGGACAAGCACUACCGCAUGCUCUACCGCCUCGAGAAGAAGUACUUCCCGGAGCAGUCCCUCGACAACGCCUUCGUCGCCGCCGACGCCGCCGCGCCGGCGCCCUCCGACGCCGCCGACAAGGGCCUCGUCUUCUUCGAGGAGGAGAAGGAGGAGGGCGGGGAGGUCGGGAAGAAGGAGGGGGCAGACAAGGGGGAGGUGCUGGAGAGGAAGGUGGAGGAGUUCUUCAGGGCCCUGAAGAAAGGGCCUGAGGAGGGGAAGGCCGACGACGCUUCGACGGUGGCGAAGAAGAAGGCGGUGUUGGGAGGGGCGCCGAGGCAGGUGAAGCGGGAUGCGGAGAGGGAGGAAGAAGACUGGCCGCGGCCGCACCUCGCGAGCACGAGGACGGAGCUGCCGCCUAGGUGGGACGGCCCGACCGGGACCGUCGUGCUCAUCGACAAGCCCAAAGGGUGGACCUCAUUUACUGUUUGUGGAAAACUACGGCGGUUGGUGAAAGUGCAAAAGGUUGGCCAUGCUGGUACUCUGGAUCCUAUGGCCACUGGAUUGUUGAUUGUUUGUGUGGGCAAAGCAACCAAAGUUGUUGAUAGAUAUCAAGGCAUGGUUAAAGGCUAUAGUGGUGUUUUCCGGCUUGGAGAAGCAACAUCAACCUGGGAUGCAGAUUCACCAGUUAUUCAGAGGGAAUCAUGGGAACACAUCAAAGAUGAAGAUAUUAGAAAGGCAGCAGCAUCAUUCAUGGGUGAAAUAUGGCAAGUUCCUCCGAUGUUUUCUGCCAUCAAGGUGGGUGGUGAAAAAAUGUAUGACAAGGCAAGGAGGGGCGAAUCGAUAGAGCUUUCACCAAGACGUAUAUCAAUAUACAAGUUUGAUAUCGAGCGCAGUUUAGAAGACAGGCAAAAUUUGAUAUUUCGAGUUACUUGCUCGAAAGGAACAUACAUUCGGUCCCUCUGCGCAGACUUGGGGAAAGCUCUUCGAAGCUGUGCUCAUUUAACUGCCCUUCGGAGGGACUCAAUUGGUGACUAUUCGGUCAAUGACGCUUGGAACUUUGACGAACUGCAAGAACAAAUCACCAAGGGAUACCUAUGA